AGCAUGCCCUGGGGGGUCGGCCUGGCCUCCUCCCGAUGCUGCGUGGUGGGGCUGAGCCGCAACCAGAGCCUGUUCCUCGGCCUGUGCGCGGGAGCCGACGAGCCCGACGCCUUUUAUGGGGAAAUCAUCGCCUUCCCUUUGCAGGACUACGGCGGGAUCAUGGCCGGGCUGGGCUCCGACUCGUGGUGGAAGAAGACGCUGUAUCUGACCGGCGGGGCCCUGCUGGCCGCCGCCGCCUACCUGCUGCACGAGCUGCUGGCCAUCAGGAAAGAGCAAGAGGUUGAUUCAAAAGAUGCCAUUAUACUGCAUCAAUUCUCAAGGCCCAAUAAUGGCGUUCCCAGUUUAUCUCCUUUCUGUUUGAAAAUGGAAACUUAUUUAAGGAUGGCUGAUUUGCCCUACCAGAACUAUUUUGAUGGAAAACUUUCCCCUCAAGGGAAAAUGCCCUGGAUUGAAUACAACCACAAAAAAGUAUCUGGCACUGAGUUCAUUAUUGACUUCUUGGAAGAGAAACUUGGAGUGAAUUUAAAUAAAAACCUUGGUCCACAUGAAAGAGCUGUUUCUAGAGCAGUGACAAAAAUGGUGGAGGAGCACUUCUAUUGGACACUGGUGUAUUGUCAGUGGGUGGACAAUCUCCAUGAGACUCAGAAGAUGCUUUCAUUUACUGGCCCCUUCAGUGACCUGUUGAAGUGGAUUCUGUGCCAUCUAACAAAAGGAAUUGUGAAACGAGAAAUGUAUGGCCAUGGUAUUGGCCGCUUCUCUGAGGAAGAGAUAUACAAGCUGAUGGAGAAAGACAUGCGGUCUCUAGCAGGCCUUUUGGGUGACAAGAAGUACAUCAUGGGACCAAAGCUUUCCACUGUUGAUGCCACUGUCUUUGGUCAUCUAGCACAAGCAAUGUGGACGUUGCCAGGCACAAGGCCUGAGAGACUAAUCAAAGGUGAACUCAUUAAUCUUGCUAUGUACUGUGAAAGGAUAAGAAGGAAAUUCUGGCCCGAGUGGCACCAUGAUGAUGAUAAUACUCUGUAUGAAUCUGAGGAAAGUAGUGAAAUGAGCAAGGCUCAGACUCCAUUGCAGGACUUCAGCUUUUACUCAAGGACAGAAACAUUUGAUGAGGAAGGCACAGAGAACAGUAUUUCCCAUACCCCUGACACAGAUUACACUGGUCACUCUCUCUUUGAUUCUGAUGUGGACAUGGAUGACUACAGAGAUCAUGAACAAUGCAAGUGAGACAUAAAAAUGCCUCCCCUUUUCUAUCAGAAAUGCCACCUCUUGGGAUCGGUUUGAUCUUUCCCAAGGUUCUGAAGAGGUUAAUGCCAGUCUGGAAGAAAUUAUUGUGCUUGACAUGGGUGUCAUAUGCUACCUGGACAAUGUCCUCCUUGUUUCAUUUUGUAACACCAUUUAGAUGGAACUAAGGUAAACAGUUAAAAAAAUAUAGGCCAACAGGAGGUCCAGAGGAUCACAGGAUUUUUAGAGCUACAGUGUGCUCUCACCAAAAAAAUAAAACAGAUUUCAGAAUCAUGUGAGCUGACUCUGCAGUAGGUGGAAGAGACCCUGCAGCAGGUGGAGAGAGUUUGUGAGAGCUGGUUUGUGCUCAGGGUCCUGUCUUCAUGGAUGAAGGUUGAGGAUGGAAGGGGAAGAGGGAUUACAGGAAUUCCCCUCUCUCUCUGUGGUAAGACAUGAUUGUGCUGUACUGAAACAGUAGUACAGCAGGGGAGCUUCAAUCAGUGGCUUGAACUUUGGGUGUAUAUAAUAUGGGUGUGUGUGCACAUGCAGGAAAUGAGUAGGUGUCUGGUUGCCAGCAGCUUCAGAGAUGGUCAGUCAUGGAAGACAAGAGGAAAAGAUGUUUAUGCCAAAAACAACUUCUAUUGUUGCUGUUCGUUACAAGAGCUCACAUCUCCCAGGUUCAUAACUUUUUGGUUUAAAUGGAAAUUGCCCAAAUAUUUUAGCUCAGGGCUGUCGAACUUCUAAGUAACUGGGGGCCAACACCCUGGAGGCCACACCAGCAGGGGCUACAUGCCUGUGGGAUGCCCCAGGGCAAACCAGAGGCUGCAUGCCAUGGAGAUGCACCCCUGCUGCCUUGCACACCUGUGCAGGCAGGCAUCCCAUUGCCACUGUGCCGUGUGCCUAUGUGGGUGUCUCCUCUGUACCCCA